GGCUCUCCCGACGGCUCAUCCGUCACACCGACCGGCGGAACCCUCGACGCAAAGGGCGCUCACGAGUACACCGAUAGUACACAUAAUCACGAAACCAAUGCUAAGACAUUUGAAACCGUAUUCCCCGACCGAAAAGACGGCAAAUAUAAACACAAAGAUAACGCCCAUAAGUAUAAGGGCUGGAAAGAGAGGGGCUAUAAGAUUAUAACGGAGACCGAGUUUGUGGACAGGGGUCGCAAAGUGGACACCGGGUAUAAGACCACAAGCAAUGGCAGCAAAGAGCACGUGAAAGAGCACAGCGCUGGCGAUGUGACCAAAGCUGACUUCAAGAAGUAUCACCAAAACAUCAAAAACCUAAACAAACACUUCGACUCCGUUUAUGGCAAUAGACUUAAAGCACCC